AUGCCGGCCCGGGGAUCAUCGCGGGACGUCGGCGUCGCCCGUCGUCGCACACAGUUCUCCAGCUGCGACGAGUGCCGUCGCUCGCGUGUGGGCUGCGACGCCCUCAGCCAGGGCACCCGAGAUGACGAGCCCGGGGCCUGCACGCGAUGCCAGAACCGAAACAAGCAGUGCACGUUCAAGUGGAUGAAGGACAUCAAGGGCGCUGGGCCAAAGAAGGUCCCUCUGGGAAAGCGGAAGCAACGUCACCACUCCAUCACAUCGUCGACGACUGAUGGCGCCGCGUCGCGAGACGCUGGAGCGCUCGGCUCUCCGACGCCAAAGGCUGGCACCGCGGACAGCAUUCUCAGCAUGGUGGACUGGGCAGCAAUCGGCGGUCCCGCCUCUCUGCCUCAUGACGAUCGGUGCAGAACGGCAUCGCUCAUCGCGCCCUCUCCCGCCGACACCACUUCCACGGCGUAUAGCCUAGAGCCCACCGGUUUGGUGAGCAGGGCGUCCCUUCAGAUCAUCUACGACCGCGGCUUUGAUGCCGUGUUCGGCUCUUGGAUGGGACGACAUGGGUGCCCAUUUUUGUUGGGCGAAAACAGCCUCGCGGAGAAGCACGCCAGCAUAGCUGCCAUUUGCAGCCGUCUCGACGCAUGGAUGACGGAUGCGUCGGAUGACGAACCGGUGCCCAUGAUGGACAAGCGGCAACAAAGCCCGCGAGAUCGCCUUAUUGACGACUCCUUGCAAAACACCAUCGCGGCCUUCUCAGCCAGGUGGCUGCCAUUGACGUCCAGCAAGACGGACCCGGAUCAAUGCCACCGAAACGCCAUCCACGCGCUCUGGCGACAUGCUCGGAGAGACAUGCUGCGUGUCAUCAACAGGCCGUCGUACCGCUCCAUGCUGGCCCUGUUCUUAUUUGCACUGACGCCCAUACCCGCCGGCAUCCACGAGGACGAAGAGGUGGAUGGCAUCUCCGGCCAGGCUUGCGUCCAUGCGGCCCUUCAGCAGAUCCAGACCCUACGAGCGAGGCAGCGCAAUCUGCAAUUCAGCGGCUCCAAAGUCUCGCCAUCCAUGAAGUCCAAGGCCAUCUGCGCGAGCCCCGAGUCUAUUGGCACGUCCGACUUUAUCGCCGCCGAGAGCAUCGCAUACUGGGCCGCCCUGACGUUUGACACGUCCGCAUCCCUCACUCUCAAUUGCAGGUCCCUUCUCUCCUCGGGCCUCUUCGGCUUCGAAGCGGAGCUGCCUUGGCGACUUGUACGAACCGGCGCCAAGAUGUUCGAAGAAACUACCCACGAUUGGCGGGCGGGCGGCCUGCUCGAAAUGACGGACGAUCGGGCGAAUCAGAUCAUUGCAAACGGGACAUCGUGGAAGCUGCUCGCCUGGAAGCUUACGGCUGUGUUCAAGGAAGCGUUGAGAGACGGCCACGAUGAGUCCGAGGUCCUCAAAGGCUACAGGCGCGUCACCGAGUCUAUGCAGCAUUUCAACGACACGUAUCGCCAACCGCUCGAGCAAUGUCAGAGACGAAUGCAGUUUUUGGAGCAGCAAACGAAGUUGCGCUGGUACUCAUUGAUGUUGCACUACCAUCUCAGCAUACUCAUGCUCGAAGAUAUCAUCGAGGCCACUGGCCGCUAUGACCUCCUACCCGGCCUCAGCACCGCGACCGCAGACGCGGAAAACGCGGUCAUGAACACUCUCGUUUUUGGACUUCACAACACCUUCACACUGAGCUUCAAGAAUAGCUUUGUUGGCAGUCCCGGUGACGCAGAUGGCGACUCGACAGACGCAGUCAUUACCGUACCGCUCAUCUCCAUGGACCCAUACCCGCAUCACGUUGUCGCAAGCGUCCAGCUGAUGCGAAAGGCCAUCGACCGCCACCUUGCGAUGGGUAAGAUCAGCGUCGAGUCUCACACCAGCCUCCAGGCGACACUGGAGCAAACUCUCAGUCAGCUGCCCCAAAGUUCCAAGUCGGUCCAGGCUGCAAGGAACAGGUUCUCCUUAAAGGGACCGAGCGAUGGGGCCGGUCUGCACCAAGACCCGUACGUAGAUUUGCAAGCGCAGUACGCAGAAUAA